AUGAGUAGCUCAAUUCCAACCAUAAAUACGCCUACUUCAUGGCGAAAACGCGUUGGGCGUCAAAAACAACAGACCACGAGUACAUUUGGGUCAUGGUUUGUGAAUAAAUUCAUUAGCAGUGGAAAAAGUAAGAGCAAAUUGCUACGUGAACACGACGAAGAGACGGCACAGAAUCUUCGACGACGACCUGUGGGUACACUUAGUGCCGUGACGAAUCAACAACAAGCAAAUUUGGCACGACGUGAGGAAUUUGGUCGUCCGAAGCCCAUGCGUCAAAAGAGUUUUCUACGUCAACAGCUCCAGGAAAUGAAGCGACAAUCGGCUGAGACGUUGAAUCUUGUUCAGAAGAGAAUGGACGGAGAAAAAGUAGACGAGGAGGACGAGAAGGAUGAAGAGGAAGAGAAAGUAUCAUCAUCAUCAUCUGAAUCUGAAAAUCAAGAGGAAGAACUUCAUGUGAUUGACAACUCUGAAGAAGCACUAAGGGAAAGUUUAAGCAGCAAUCCUGCGCGAUCUCGAAGCUCGUCGUCUCGACGAUCAAGCACUUCGUCACGUCGUCGAAGUGCGGCAGAGGAACAACAGGAACGAGACGAUGAAUUUAUGGCUCAUGAUGCUCAAAGAGAUGAGUACUCAAAGGAGGCGAAUCGACGCAUGAGUCAAGCUACACAACUCUAUGCUGAAGCGAUUAGUGCGUUGGACUAUGCGUUGCAUCCAGAACGUUUACGUCAACCGGAUAAUGAACCAUCACCAAAGCCAUUGUUCCUUGGAGUGAGGAAAGGAAGCGCGAAUAUGCCCAAGAGCGAGUGGAUUUGA